AUGGAUUUAGAGGUUAAGGGAGUUGCUGCUUCUCUUACAAGUCCAACACAGCCAUUCUCUGGGAACAAGAAGUCACUACAAGAAGGAUGGAAUUCCAGGUCAUGGUCCUUCCACGAUCCUUGUCCACCUGUGGUCCCACCACUUGAUUUGGGAAGCCUUGUUGACUCUGAUGAUGAGGUAAUUUUUAAUGAUAUUUUACAUAUUCCAUCUAGUACAAAGCAUAUUUAUUUUAACCCACUAACUUCGUCUUCUACUUUUGGUUGGGUUACACCAUGUCAGAUACCAUUUACUCAGCAUCAUUUCAGUGAACUGAUUAGUGAACGGGAUGUAAUACCUGAAAAUUUACCAGCACCAACAGAAAAAUAUAAACUAAAAUAUCAGCAAUACAAAACUGAAAUGAUAGAGGGGCUUAAGCAGGGUAGUCAAAGAAGUGCAGAAAAGGCAAAACCAAAUCUCACACAUCAACAGUCUCUAAGUGACAAGAUAGAUAAUGAGUGUGUGCAGGGUGAAGGAGCCAUCACCGAUGAUCUUACAAGUCUGGAUAGGAAAGUGCUCUUACAGCAGGGUUAUGCAGAGAGUCCUUACAAUACAAAGCAUAGUACAAGAAAAUCUCAAGCUGAAAUUGUGGCUGCAGAGAAGAAGAAACAGACUGUUGCAGAGCAAGUAAUGAUAGACUACUUAUCUAGGGCUGUAAUCAGUGAUCCAGAACAAGAUUUAAUCACUGAGAAACAAGAAAGUGAUUGUAUUCUUCCAGAUUCAAAAAUAGCGCCUCUUCGUUUUAGGAAAAGAACUCUACACGAAACAAAAAUAAGAACUCAUUCUACAUUAACAGAAAAUAUGCUUUCUCAUAAAGUAGAAUUUGAUAGUAGGAUCAUAUCAAGAAAUGGCCGUGAUGCUUGCAGAGAGCUGAUGGGCUUCUUUUUUACUCAUGACCAGUCCCUUACAAUUUAUGAAUAUCGGCAAUUUGGGAAAAAUAGAACAAAUGUGCUUCCCUUUAUUCAAAAAAAUAUUUAUAGUCAUCAACAUGGACGAAGAAAAGGAAAACAAUACCAACUUGGUGAUUUUUACAUUGGUGCAAAUUUGACAUUUUUGACUUCUGAGCACCCCAGACUUCCAGAAAGCAUAAAAGAAAGCACAUUACUUACACUUCGGAUCACAGAUAUUGAUCAGACAGCUUUGGAUUCUCUCAAAACUGAUACUGUAGAACAUGAGGAUGCUGUCACUAGUCAAGAGAGCAAAGAUAGGCUAGUCUUCAAGGCCAUUCAAGAUGUGCUAAAAGAACAGCUACAUAGAAGAAGCGUUCGUAUUUUGACUAGAUUGGGAAAACACCUACAGCAAUUGGACAGAGAAGGAAAUGGACUUUUAGAUAAGGCAGAUAUAAAGCAAGCUCUAAAAAGGUUUCACCUAGAAGUGUCUGAAAAGGCCUUUAUGAAACUGGAUUUCAACAAAACUGGCAGCGUGCCUAUUAUAGAAAUUAGAAAAUGUUAUUGUGCAAAGAAGCAUCCUCAAGUAAUUUCAGGCCAUUCUACAGAAGAAGAAAUAAAAUCAUCUUUUCUAGAAACAUUAAAAGAUGCUUGCAGCAAGUCUGAUGAAGUGUCAUAUGGUGAAUUUGAAGAUUACUAUGAAGGCCUAAGUUUAGGGAUAGUGGAUGAUGAAGAUUUUGUUAAUAUUUUACGUGCUCCUUGGGGGAUUUAG